GGUCGGGUUGGGUAGAGCCGCCUGCGCGCUCCUCUGGCAGACGCGGCUCCCCGCCAGCCCCGCUCUCCUCGUCUGGGUAGACGUGGCCGCGCGGCCUCUCCCGGUGCCCCAUGGCCGAGGGGGACGCAGGGAGUGACCAGAGGCAGAAUGAGGAAAUUGAAGCAAUGGCAGCCAUUUAUGGCGAGGAGUGGUGUGUCAUUGAUGACUGUGCCAAAAUAUUUUGCAUUAGAAUUAGCGACGAUAUAGAUGACCCCAAGUGGACACUAUGCUUGCAGGUGAUGCUACCGAGUGAAUACCCAGGUACAGCUCCACCAAUUUAUCAAUUGAAUGCUCCAUGGCUGAAAGGUCAAGAACGUGCAGAAUUAUCCAACAGUCUUGAGGAAAUAUAUAUACAGAAUAUUGGUGAAAGCAUUCUUUACCUAUGGGUGGAGAAAAUAAGAGAUGUUCUGAUACAAAAAUCUCAGAUGAAAGAACCAGGCCCAGAUUUGCAAAAGAAAACUGAAGAGGAAAAUGUUGACGUUGAAGAAGAUCUCAUUGUAACAAGUCAGUCAGAAAAUUCAGCUAAGGCAUUGGAUUUGAAUGUUGUUGAAAAUCAGCCAGAAAUAGAAGAAUUACCUCCAAUUGAUCACGGCGUUCCUAUUACAGACCGAAGAAGCACUUUUCAGGCACACUUGGCACCAGUAGUUUGUCCUAAGCAGGUGAAAAUGGUCCUUGCCAAAUUAUAUGAGACUAAGAAAAUAGCCAGUGCCACCCAUAACAUCUACGCCUAUAGAAUAUAUUGUGAGGAUAAACACACCUUCUUGCAGGACUGUGAGGAUGAUGGGGAAACAGCAGCUGGUGGGCGUCUUCUCCAUCUCAUGGAGAUUCUGAAUGUGCGGAAUGUCAUGGUGGUAGUGUCACGCUGGUACGGAGGGAUUCUGCUAGGACCAGAUCGCUUUAAACAUAUCAACAACUGUGCCAGAAAUAUACUUGUGGAGAAGAGUUACACAAGUUCACCUGAAGAAUCAUCUAAGAGUUUGGGAAAGAACAAAAAAGUAAAAAAAGACAAGAAGAGGAAUGACCAUUAAUACUUGAAAUGAUGUAAAGGGUUAAUUUGCCCGUAAUUAUGUACAUAUUCCAUAGUCAUCACGGAAUAUACAGAAGACAGUAUCCUUGACUGCUCAACCAGCCAAUUUAUUGUGGACACCAGCAUUAUCUUUUCCUCUUUGGUUCUAUCAUCUGCCAGCAGUAGAGAAUUUGCGAUAUAUUCAUAUGUGUUUCUGGCUUAUUUGUAAGAACUAAUUUGAGCUUAAUCACCACUUCAUCUAAUUUUAGGAAGGUAACAGUUGCCCAGGGCAGUACCUGAAUUAACUGUCCAUUGCAGUUCAUGUCAAGUGCCUUUGUUGGGUGUGGAAGAAAUGUCUCCAGAGGAAUAUUAAUGCCUGGUUUCUUGUUAUAGACAUUCUCAUACUGUUAAAUGAGUGUUGCCUUUUCCUGCUCUUUGCAGCUUAUUGGAGUAGGAGCUCAUUGAAGGUGGAUCUUAGAGAGUUUUUCCUUGUCAUUUCAGCUCUUUCAUAUGUCAAGUUCCAUUAGAUAACGCUCGUUCCUGAGUAGUAGAUCAUAGGAAAGUGCAGCGUGUCCAUGUGUGGUUCUGUGCCAGGGCGAUAAUCCACCUAACAUAUUUGUUAGCCUCAGUGUGGUGCCUCAGUGUCUGUCACAAAUUAGUGAUUGUGAAAUUUCAAAAAGUGAUUUUCUAAUUUUUGCCUUUCCUUGCUUAGUCAUUUUAAUGUAAAAUAAUGAACAUGGAAUAUUUGUAGGCCUCCACUCCUGAAAUUUGUUAGUGUAAUAUUCUGGUGUCUCUCAACAAUGUCCCUUUACAUGUUCUUCACUGGGGGAUUAGAACUGUUGUAAGGUAUGUGGUAGUCAAUGGGACAUUUAGAUCACUGGGGUAGAGGCGGCAGAGUGCCACUGGUUUGGGGUAUGAAUUGCUGUGAACUUGAUGCACACUUCCCAUUUUAGUUCCAUGAUUUUUGUGGAGAGAAGAAGCAAAUCUUUUGAUCACAGGAACAAAGAAGCCCUUCCCCCAUAUUUUUAGCAGCUCUUCAUUUUUGUCAGUCUCUGUUUCAUCUCCAAGUUAACUGGAGGCUCUAAAACAUAAUUUUACCUUUGACAUAGAAUAACUUGUGCACUGUUCCUUUCAGGUGUGAGGACAGUAAUCACUGAAUGGGUUAACUGAUCGUAGAGUGCGAUUUCCUUUCCAAGGGAGGGAACACAAAGUGAGAGACAGCUUUGUGAUGGCACUGUAAUAGUCUGAGGCUGGGCAGGUGUUUUACUCUUAAAUUUUCUACCUUGAAAGAUCCACGUCCUUGCUUGGUAUUUUUAAUAAGAAUCUAGUAAAUGGCUUUAUGCUAAGAUGGAUUCUGAGACAUGAAAUCUUAUUUUUCAACAUUAUUUAAUAUUGUAAGGUAUCAAGAAUUAUAGGAUAAAGCUGGGCGUGGUGGCGCACGCCUUUAAUCCCAGCACUCGGGAGGCAGAGGUAGGAGGAUUGCCAUGAGUUCGAGGCCACCCUGAGACUCCAUAGUGAAUUCCAGGUCAGCCUGGGCUAGAGUGAGACCCUACCUCAAAAAAUUAAAAAAAAAAAAAGAAUUAUAGGAUGACCUAUAUACUUGCAGCACUUACCUUUGUUUCCAUGAAAUGUUAAGUAUAUCCUAUGUAUUAACUAUUGAGAUAAUGAAGAAGUUAGCAGCCAUUUAUCAAAGUAACUUAGCAGUUUGACAUUUCAAAUCUGUGACAGGUGAUAGCAAACACUUAAGAAUUUGAUACUGCAGGAGAAAGAAGUUAGUUUUUCUGUCACACUAAAUUUAAUUAUUUGAAUUUCUUUCUUGGUGUUUUAUCCAGUAUUUUAUUUCUUUGAGUCUUUACAGAAGAUAAAACACUUUUUACAUCUAUGAUCUCAUGUUCCUCACUUAAAAACAUGGAAUAAAAUCUCUAAUCUCCUAUACUGAAAUUCGUUUAAAUGAUAAGAGGAGAGAUCCAAAAUUCUUCAUCUCUAAAUUGUAAGUUACUUUACAUUAUACCUAUACCUUUAAUGCCAACUUAAUAAUGACAGCAUGCUUUUCUCUGUGUAAUAUAGAGAAAAAACUCUAUAUAGAGGACUGUCUGAUUCUCUAGAUAAUAAUUUCUUAUAACCAGAUUUGUGUUGUUGAAUAUUUUAUCUUAGUUAAAAUUUUUCUCCAGGGCUGAGGAGAUGGCUUAAUGGGUAGAAGCACUUGCUGUGCAAGUGUGAGGGCCUGAGCCCGGCUCCGCGGAAUGCUGAGAAGCCAGACACAGCAGGAAUGUCAGUUACUACAGCGGGUUUGGAAGCAGAGCCAGGAAAAUCCUCAGAAGCUCGUGGGCCAGGUAGCCUGGUGUUUGCAGUGGGGAGUCAGAGCCCCUGCCUCCAACAAGGUGGAAGGUGAGCACCAGCACCCAGGGUUGUCCUCUGACCUCUGCAUAUGUGCCCAGAUUCACAAACAACACACAUCAUACACACGUCACUUACACAAAAAUGAACGAUUAAAAAAUAUUCAACAUGUGCCAGUAUAUAGACAAAAGUAGCAUCUACUUUUUUAAAUGGGAAUCGCAGUAGCUGCAUCAAAGGAAUGCUUUGGAGGUGGGUAUCAUGAAAAAGCCUAUUUGAAGAAAAUUAUAUCAAACAUUACAACCAAGGAAGAGCAGAUGAAGCUGACACUAUUACAAGACAGGUGAAAUUCAUGGUGCAGUCAUCUCCAAUUCCACUAUAGAAAUAACUAUAAGCAUUGGGUGUAUACAUUUAUUAUUUUUUCUUAUGCAUGAUUUUAUAUAUAUGUCUAUUUUUCUUUCCACAAAAUGGUAUUAAACUGUGAAUAUUGUUUUGUAUCCAAUACAUUUCAUAUAGAUGUAUAUUGUUAACAUUUUCUCAUGCCAAUAAAUAUUCUUCUAUGGCCUAA